GACAGUUCUGAACAAGGAAUGAAAGCGAGGCACCUACUGGUUUUCCUGGCCACCAGUGCCCUUGUGGUUCACGCCAAUGCUGCGCCAAGUGGGGGAACCAAAACUGGAGUGCAUCCGGGAGCAAACCAUGCAGCAGGAAUCCCAGGAGCAGCAUUCCCACAACCAGGAGUUCAAGGAGCAGGAGUCUCAGUAGCUGCAAACCCAUUAGCAGGCAUCCACGGAGGACGGUUGCCACUUGGAGGAAUGUCACAUGGACCAAACGAGUCAAGUGGUCUGCUUGUGACACUCCCAGGACAAUUACAUGCUCCAGGCCAUGGACGUGUCGUCGUAGCACCUGGAACAGUCAGCGGUAGCUCUCCUAUUGAAGGAACGGUCAGCAUAGGUGGGACUGGAAGCAGUCUACACAGAGUGCUGCAAGCAGUACCAGGUCAAGGGCCACACAGCAGUGGGCAUGUCAUUGGCGGGCACCAGGGCAGUCACAUAUUACAGGUGCUGCCACAAACAAGCCAUGUUGGAUUUCCAGCGUCAGCGGCGAACAUCCCAGGUGGGCCAUCUGUGAGUUUUGGACACCCGGGCCCGAGCCUAGGACCUUUAGGUGCCUCUCACAGCAUCGGACUAGGCCACUCAGAGCAGGCAGGUCCACUUGCUGCAGGAAGUACUGGUUAUGGAAGCCAUGGAGGAAGCAGUAGUUCUGCGUCUGGUUUCUCAGUAUCAAGCCCACUAUCUACUCUAUCACAGGGACUUGGGUCUGGAUCUCAUAUGGUGGGUUCACAAGCAGGCUCAACAGGACAUACAGUUCUUGUUCCAGUUCCAGCACCAGCUGUAGUAGUAGUUGCAGGAGGCGCAUCAGCAGGAACCUCAUCAGGAAGUCCGAUCUCACACGCAGGAAACACAGCAGCAGGAGUUGUGCCACCUCUACUGACAGCGCAAGCAGGCAACCUUCAUUCGAGCGUGCCAGCACUAGGCGGACUAGCUUCGGGCAGCUCUUCGGCUCUACCAUUCCCUGGUAGAGCCAGUGGAGUGAAACAUUAGAUUGAACAGGAUCGCAAAGCGAGCAAGAGCGAACGGAUUCACGUUAACCACUCUACGCGGAAACUAAGACAAAUAAAGGAAAUUGACCAGAGAGGUCAUCUCAAUUCGUUACUGGUCUAUUACACGAUCACUUUUAAUGUGCUCUGAACGUAUUAUAUCAAUAGACAGCACUUUUAUCCAGUAGACUUCGGUUAAAGCGGUGCUACCUCACUAAAUUGAAUUCGGUGCAUAAAGAAAAAUUCUUUCAGCUGAUUUAAG